GUACCACAGUACCUAGGAAACAACAAAUACGUGUAGCAUGGCUGGUGGAAAUGUCAUUGAAGUGUAUUUAGAUUUAUUGUCACAACCAUGCAGGGCAAUACAUAUAUUUCUGAACUUUAAUAGAAUUCCGCACAAUGUGAAAACAGUUGCGAUACGAAAAGGGGAAAAUAGGACGCCAGAGUUUACAAAACUCAACCCAAUGCAAAAGGUCCCCGUGAUGGUCGACAAUGACUUUGUUUUGACUGAGAGUGAUGCCAUAUUGAAGUACCUGGCCAACAAAUACAAUGUUCCAGGCAACUGGUAUCCAUGCCAUCCAGAAAGAAGGGCGAGAGUGGAUGAGUUCACAGCUUGGCACCAUACUAACAUACGGCCACAUGCAGCCAAGGUGUUUUGGAUGGAGGUGUUACUGCCACGUAUGACAGGGCAACCCACAGACCCACUGAAGUUGGAGAGGGCUUUGGGAGACCUCCGUGACACACUGGAUAAGCUGGAGAAAAUGUUCCUCAAGAAGCAGGCCUUCCUCUGUGGAGAUGACAUCAGCCUGGCUGACCUGUUGGCAGUGUGUGAAGUCAUGCAGCCCCUAGGUGGCGGUAGAGACAUCCUGAAGGAUCGUCCCAACUUGCUGAGAUGGAGAAGUCGGAUCCAGUCUGCACUGGGAGACUCUUUUGACAAAGCACACACAGUGCUGUACAGACUUCGGGACAGGGCCAAAGCCAAGCUGUGAAGUUGGAAAUAUGGUUUCAUGUACAAUUCAAGAGUAAUAUUAAGAGAUUAAAAUACUUCAGCAGGGGAGUGAUGGGUGCUGCAAAACUGGUAGCCAGAUGCCUCUGGUAUUAUUAACCAGCACAUUGAUCUGGAAGUUGGGAAAUGCUCCAUAGACUAAAAUAAUUUUUUUCUAAUAAUUUAAAACUACAAACACAGUGAAAAACGUUUGUUUAUUCAACAUUAGCUGUACAAAAAUAAUUUACAAAUCUAGUAGACAAAGCACAUCAGUUAAAACAACAGUAAUCAAUUACAUAUCAAGUUUCCAACAUCUUGAGCAGGGACAAUAUGGGCAUGGUUAUAUGUAACAUUACACAGUAAUGUGAUGGUUCAAAAGAUUACUCAGAAAACCAGGUGUUUUAAUCAGCGUGAACGUUUCACUUAUGCUUACUUCCAUAAUCUGUUUAAAGGAAAAGUUCUGGAUUUGGGCUCUAGAGACCUACAUGUACCUGCACCAUUGAGAUGGAAGGUGGUGCACCUCUUAGACACUCAUGUUAAAAGCUGUCCCUGAGUAAGACACUAAACACUAAUUGGUCAUUGCUGUAAAUAAGAUUUUUUUAACAUACGUGCAGAAAAACAAAAUAGCAACUUGUUUAAAAUUCAUGCAAAUGCAUAAAACAUUUAUUUACAGGAAUUGUAUAAAGAAACCCUAACAUCCCUUUAAGAUCUUAAUCAGCACGCAUGUAAAUGCACCCAAUGAAAUGUUAUAGAAGAUACUGUAGUGGUAGAUGUGCUGUAGGCCUAAUUGGAAAACUGAUGGGAGGACCGUGACUCAUGUUGCCUUUUUGGAUGUGCCUGGCUUCUUCGCUGGCGGCUGCUCAUUGUCGUCAUCGUCUUCUCGUGAUCUUUUGGCAUCUCCAGAAACCUUAGGGUACAUGAUGCUUUUAGCCGUCUUCCUCAUGGCAUCAUCCUGAGGUAGAGAUGAUUGAGAUAAGAUUAGACUCGCUGCUGCCACUUCGCUACAAAAACAUUUGCUAACCCAUACUCUACAUACCCCUUCUAUUCCUUAUGAAUGUAUCACAUCUGCCUUGACGGCACAAAACAGUGAGAGAAGACAACCUCUUACCAUUAGCCAAGGAUGCUGCAAGGCCUCCUCAAUAGUGAGACGGGCCUUGGGGUCAACAAGAAGGAGCCUCUUCACUAUAUCUUUGGCUGGACGUGAAUGGAGUUACAUUAUCAGAUAUGAAUAAUGAACAGGAUGGCAGUAAUCUACUCACAUUUGUAUCUGAACCCAAGACAAAAAUAAUCUGUUUCAAAUGUGUUCUGUAGCAUCCAGGCAACCAUAAAAAAAUAAAAAUCUAUUCUUACCGUCA